GCCGUGCGCGCCCCGCGGAGUCCGGCCGACGGACGCCGGGGCCCCAGGGGGACAUGGCCCAGUAGCCGCCCCGACGCUGCCCGGGACUGACCUGUUUGUGAAGGACAUUUCUCUUUGUGACGGAUUGAUAAAAAAUGUGGAAUAAUUCAAGUUACCAAUGGCUCUUAUCAAUUAUUCUUUUAUGUUUAAUGAAUCAAGUACGUAGCCAGAAUCAAGGAGCUCCUCAUGAUUUGAAGUGCAUAACACAUAACUUGAAGACAUGGGACUGUUCCUGGAAAGCUGCCUCUAGUACAGAGUUUGGCACUACAUAUGAAGUUUGCACUGAAAACAGCUUCUACCCAUGUAAUCGGACAGAAAAAACAAGAAUCAAACUUCCAGCUCCUUCAUCCGCUGAAUAUGAAAUAACGAUAAGUGCGCUGCGUCUUUCUGGAAAUGCCAUAACUAAAUUUGUAAUGAAUGAAAGAAAUGUUUCCUUAAUUCCAGUUACACCACGGAUUUUGAGUUUGAUUCCUGAGUUUUCAACCUCUACAUUAUAUUUGAAGUGGAAUGAUAAUGGUUCAGCCUUCCCACACAGCUCCAGAGCCAGCUGGGAGAUUAAGGUUAUGCAUAAAGAAAAUAUGGAAGUCAUAAAAUUAGCAACCUUCAGGACAAAUCUGAUUGGUAAGGAUUCAAUUCUUGCUUGGCAUUGGACUUCUGACAUGCCUCUGGAAUGUACCUCACACUCUGUGAGCAUCAGAUAUUACAUUGAUGUGGUUCAUUUUUCUGGUCACAAAGAGUGGAGUGAGUGGAGUCCUCCAAAAACUGUUUUUGGAUACCAGGCCAAAUUAAAGAAUAAGGUUUUUCCUCAAGACAAAGUGAUACUUGUUGGUUCAAAUAUAACCAUUUGUUGUGUAAUUCAAGAUGGAGACACUUUUAACGAGUUCCUUUUAGGAAAUCAACAUUAUAACCCUAUUCAUCUUGAUCAUCAAAAUGUUGCAAUCCAGAUAGACAAAAUAAAUGCCUCACAGUCCAGUGGAACAAAUGCAGUUUUUUUUACUGAGAAGGACAUUGUUGGAACAGUGAUUUUUGUAGGAUAUCCACCUGAUACUCCUCAAGAGUUGAACUGUGAAACUCAUAAUUUAAAGGAAAUUUUAUGUAGUUGGAAAGCAGGAAGAUCAACUAAAUUGUUUGGCCCAUAUGGAACAAAUUACACAUUAUAUGAAAGAAUUUCUGGGAGAAGUAUUACACAUAAGAGUCCCGAUUCCUUGGAUGAAAACUACCUGUUGCCGUUUCAGAUGUUAACGAAUCAGAAGCUGUAUAACUUUACUUUGCAAGCUAAUAAUCCUUUGGGUAGAUCAGAGACAUCUGUUUUGGUGGACAUAACCCAAAGAGUUGUCCCACGUGCUCCCACUAAACUCUAUGUGCAAGAUGAUGAUUCUACAAACGUCAUACUGCAUUGGAAUAUGCCUGGAAACUUUGCAAAGAUGAAACUUUUCUGUCAAAUUGAAGUGAAUACAACUGAUUCAGAACCAAAAGUGUUGAACAUCUCAAUGGAAGGAUUAGAUACCUCUGGCUAUCAGGUUUAUUUGAACAUGUUAAACCCAUACACCAGAUACACUUUCCGAGUUCGCUGCUCUUCUGAGAACUUUUGGAGAUGGAGUGAAUGGAGUAACAAAAAACAGUAUUCAACUAAAGAAGCUCUUCCUUCAAAAGGACCAGAUAUCUGGAGAGAAUGGAGCAGUGAUGGAAAGAAGCUGAUAAUCUACUGGAAGCCUCUGCCUAUUAAUGAAGCUAAGGGGAAAAUACUUUCUUAUGGCCUAUCAUACUCAUCAAGCAAAGAGACACAUUAUAUUCCCGAGAUCCCCGAUUCGCAGCACAAAGCAGAAAUAAGACUUGACAGAAAUGAUUACACCAUUAGUGUUGUGGCGAGGAAUUCUGCUGGACUAUCUCCACCUUCCAAUAUAUCUAGCGUUGAACUUCCAAAUGAUGAUCUCAAAAUGGAGAAGGUGGUUGGGACUGGAAAAGGCAUUCUCCUGAGCUGGAAUUACAAUCCCAAUGUGACUUGUGACUACGUUGUAAAAUGGUGCAAUUCAACCCAGUCUGAUCCUUGCUUAGUGGAGUGGAAGAAAUUUCCUUCAAAUAGUAGUGGGGCUCUUCUGGAAUCUGAUCACUUUCAGCCUGGUGUAAAAUAUAACUUUUCCAUAUAUGGAUGUAGAGACCAAAGAUAUCAAUUGUUUAGUUCUACAAUUGGAUAUGUGAAAGAGUUGGCUCCAAGUGUUGCACCAAAUUUUACUGUUGAAGACACAACUGCAGAUUCAGUAUUAGUAAAAUGGGAAGACAUCCCUUCCGACGAUCUACGGGGAUUUUUAAGGGGAUAUUUGUUUUAUUUUGAUAAAGGAGAGAAGGGAACUUCCAAGACCAGAGAUUUGGAACCAGGGGCAUCUGAGCUAAAAGUUAAGAAUAUUACUGACAUAACGCAAAAGACACUGCGAAUUGCCGACCUUCAAGGAAGAACAAGUUACCAUCUGGUCUUGCGAGCCUACACGAAUGGUGGCGUGGGUCCAGAAAAGGACAUGUAUGUGGUUACAAAGGAAAACUCCAUAGGUUUAAUCAUUGCCAUUCUCAUCCCAGUGGGAGUAGCUAUCAUUGUUGGAGUGGUAACCAGUGUGCUUUGUUAUAGAAAAAGAGAAUGGAUCAAAGAAACAUUCUAUCCUGAUAUUCCAAAUCCAGAAAACAGCAAAGCAUUGCAGUUUCAAAAGAGCAUCUGUGAGGGAAGCACUGCUCUGAAAACUUUGAAAAUGAAUCCUUGCACUCCUAAUAAUUUGGAAGUGGUGGAAACUCAGUCAACAGUUCCUAAAAUAGAGGACCCAGAAAUGACAUCCCCAGGAAUUGUACGGUCCGAAGAAGGGUCUGAUGCGGAACCGGAAAAUCUUGUGGUGGUAUCCUAUUGUCCCCCAAUCAUUGAAGAGGAGAUCUCGAACCUUCCAGGGGAUGAGGCCGGGGGAUCUUCGCAAGUCAUCUAUAUUGACGUCCAGUCGAUGUAUCAGCCUCAAGCAAAACCAGAGGAAGAACUAGCAAAUGACUCUGUUGAUGGAGCAGGCUAUAAGCCACAAAUGCACUUGCCUAUUAAUUCUGCUUUAGCAGACAUAACUGCCGAAGAAGACUUAGAUAAAAUGGUGGGUUAUAGACCUCAGGUAAAUGUGAAUACGUGGAAUUUAGGAUCUCCAGACUCUCCAAGCUCCAUCGACAGCAACAGUGAAAUGGUGUCUUUUGGAAGUCCCUGCUCCAUUAAUUCUCGGCAGUUUUUGAUUCCUCCAAAGGAUGAAGAAUCUCCCAAGCCUUCCAGUGGAGGAUGGUCCUUUACCAACUUUUUUCAUAACAAACCCAAUGAUUGAUGAUAUCAUGACUUCACUUCAGUCUGCCAUCUCAAUAAGCUCUUAUUCCUAGUGUUUUACAGCAGCAGCAGCAGAUUAUUCUUCAAAGCAUCCAGGAGAGUGUUUCUGGUGAGAUGAACUCUAUCAUGUGUAAGUUACACUGAAAGUGUUAAAUUUUUCCUGUUACAGCAUAAAAGCCAACAGUAUGGUAACCCCAGUAAUUAGAUUCAUAUACAGUCGAGGAUGAUGGACUCGAAUUUGUGACCCUAGCCAAAUAAUUCCCAUUUUCUAAGUAGUGGUUUAAGAUUAAUAUUUCCUAUUACUUUGAAAAAGUUUUCCACUUUUUUGUUGCUAAUUUCUUUUUGUUGUUGUUGUCAUGAAUAACAAGUAUUUUUUGUUUUUCUCUCCCAACUUGAAUAUUUGGAGGUUCAAACCUGGGGAAAGCAUUCUCCCAUUCAGAUUAAUAGAUAAUAACCUCAAUGAAAAUCAAGCGCAGAUUGAGCAAUGAGACUUUAAAUAUCAUUUAUCUGUCCCCACAAGUGCAGAAAUGAAUAUACCUUUUUUUAAAUGUAGCAGCAGGUAUUUUAGUUUCUUGUUUGAUAACUUAGGUAAACUAGUUUCAGUGCUCAGUGCCUACUGUAUUAUAGUUAUUGAAUAGUUGACUCAGGGGUUCAAACUUGGAAAAUUAAGUGUAACACUGACUGAAAUAAAAAUAAUCACAUGUUUGCAGAUUUUCAAAUCUUUGUGCAAAUAUUGACCCCUUCGGUGCUUUACCUGGGUUGCCCUAAAGUAGUCCUGUUGAGUUUUAAUUUCCAGAGCUACUUAGCAGGUUAAGCACUUAAAAGAAAUGCCAUUAUUAUCUUGUGACUUUUUUGGUUCCUCUUUCAUUAUUAGGUGAGCAGACUACAUGCAGUUAAACCCAACACAGUCUUCAUUUGCACAAACAUGCCCUCUAAUACUAUCCUGUCAGCAAUAUUUAGUGGCACUAACUACCAGCCAGGCCUUUCCCAAAAGGAGAGUUGGUGCUAUUGGUUUCCAGAGGAGAGACUUAGAAACCUCUUGAAGCGAUAUUGUCAUGACCCAACCCGUGCCCUCACUAGGGUCUAACAGUUAUUCCAUGGAUGAUCCUCACCACAGCCACUCGGAGUACCAUGUCAAGAGAAACUGUCAAAGUAAUUCUUUGAGGAUGUAUGUUAAAAUUAAAUAUUUUAAGUCAAAUAUGAAUCAUUAGGCGCACAUGUAGAUCUGAACACUUGUUUUAUUGACCUAAAAAAUGUCCGUAAGAAAUUCAUACAUCUUUCCUUGUAUAUCAGAAGUAACAUUAUGGGUGAUAUUGCUCCUAGAAGAACCUCAAAUAAUGCUACCGACAGUAGAGUGUAUUUUAUUUGCUCUCAGGUUGUAUGUGUGUUUUACCUUUUGACAGCAAAGACAAUACUUGAAGUCCUCUAUAUGAACAAAUAAAGGUAAUUUUUCUCAUUUGUAAUAUGCUAUAAUAUUUUGUACUCAAAACAUACUUUUUCUUGUUAUAAGGCUUAUCUUUUACAAGAUGUUAUGUUUUUUUGAGAUCUUGCUUCAAAAUGAUACUCUUCGAUUAGACGAAUUGGAAAAAAGCCUCCUUUUUUUUAAACACCAUGGUUUUAAGACGUCUGUGAGCUUUACAAAUAUGAGUGUUUUUAUUUGAAGCCGACUCCGUAGUUUGCACAGUGUUGUAACCAGAAAAUUGAAGCCGUUUGCUUAGCCGGUCAUUUUGAACACUAGUAAAGCUUUAGGACUUGCUCAAAAAAAAAAAUAGCAAGAUGCCUUACACUUGUCUGUUUCAUUAUGAAAUAGACCCUCACCCAUUUGUUUGAGCAUAAUGGACACUAUGUGAUCCCUUUAGGGAUACAAUUUUUGCAAGUGUAAAAUGACAUCCAUGGGUAGAAUAGACACCCUUUCAAAAGUUUGCCUUAUUUUUUUUUAUUAGUGCAUGCCUCCUAAAGCUAAAAAUUGCUGUAACUUUAAUGAAACAGUUUGUGCCAGAUGGUGAUACAAAAUAACUUUCCUAAUGAAUAAAGCUAUUAUGUGACAGAACAGCUUUCUGCCUCUAGGUUGAUAUUUUGGAAACAGAAGCAACCGUUUUGUAAAUACCAGCGAAUCCUGGGUCUGGUAUUUUAUACCAAAGUUACUUUCAGCAGUUGGUGCUGUUGUGAUUCCAAAAUCAGUUCUGAAAACUUAAAGGUUAGAAUUUUUCCUUCAACUGGAAAUGCAGUUAAUUUGGAUUUUCCCAUUAACUAGGUUUUCUUGUUGGGUUACUGAUUUUCAUCCUUCUAAAUAGCCGAUAUUUCUACGAAAAAUUAGACUACAAGCUAGAGUUACACUACAUUUUAAAUGGAGGAUGGUAGGAUUAAUGACUAUUUCAAAGGGAACCUGAAAUCAAUUUUAAGAUGUACUGAAAUUCUCAGAAAAUGUAAGAACUGAUCAGACAAAUACUCUGAUGGAAACGAGAUUUUUCUGGUUGGCCUGAUUACUCUGAAGCAAAUAACUUGAACUGCUGCUUUACAUUUUGAGCCAUGUUGAAAGUUUGCGUAGCUUCUUCUGUAUUUUUAGAGCGGUAACCUUGAGCACUAUUCAGGAACAAGGUGUUGUCGCAUCAGUAACAAGCCCCGGAGAUGUCAGGCUUCAGCUCAGUACCCCAGUUGUGGUCCAACAGGAUCUAAGUCUAUUGUAGCCCAAUCUAGCUCCCUGCCCCAUAGACCAAGCCAACUUUUAGGGGUCUUCUGGAUCGAGGCCUAUUUUAGGCAGGCGAGAAUAUCCAGAUCAGCACCAGACCAAUUUGAAACUUACUCAUCUGGAUGUGCCAUCUCCAGAUUGGGGCUGGACAGCCCAACUAGUGAGGAGACAAGUCCUCGGCUACCAGGCCCCCUCAUUCAUCUGAGUUCAGCUCCGUGGUGGACACUAGAAACCAGUAGCUCACACUGCUGCUUUCCUAUUUUUGAGCCAUAAACCUUGUAUACACGUGUAUAAUUUUCUUUGUCGUUUGCACUCCGUAAUU